AUGGCCUCAGGCAGUCCCAGUUCAUCGCUCUCGAUAGUGCGCGCGCUCUGGUCGCAGGCUCGACUGCCCUCUUCGGUACUCGAAACUACACUGGCUGCAGGCAACCUUGUCCUCUCCAACGAUCCGGCUGAGUGCGGCCAGGCGGUGCGGUCGUCCUUCCAGCUGACGGCGGUAGCACAGGGAUGCUGCGCGGCCAUUGCGCUUGCUGAACGGCUACGGUGCUCUUUGCAAGCGGGAAAGGGGCUGGAAGGGCUGGUACUGGAGAGGGUCGAGGUGGAUGCGCAGCAGGCUAUCGCGGAAUACGUCGGCUGGUUGCGUCUUCAUCAGGGCGCCGAAGAGACAGCGGAGAAGAUUCUCGACGGGUCAAUACCGGCAGACAGUGAUCAUGGGCGAAAGUUGCUCAACAUCGAUGCGCAUGCAGUGGCAGACUGGGACGCCUUAGCCGGUCUAUACCGCACCCAACCCGACCCAAACCGCAGCGUCCCCGGGGUGGUCCGGCUCCACACCAACUUUCCGCAUCACAAGCUGGGCGUGCUGCAGCUGCUCGGACUUGCCCCGGGCACAGCAAAUCGGAACGACCCGAGACUCCACGAUGAAGUGUUCUCUCAAGUGUCGAGGGAGGACGUGCAGAGGGAGCUGCUGGAGUGGAAUGCAUUCGAGUUGGAGAAGAAGGCCCAAAAGCGGAGGCUGUGCGUGACAGCCUACCGCAGCAGACAAGAGUGGGAGGCGUCCGGGAUGGGAACAGCCGUCAAGACGUGGAUGGACGAGAAUGAAGGAAGUGCGUUCCGCAUCUCUCGCAUCAGGUCGACCGGUCCGUCGAAGGCCAGGACUGCGAAAAGCCAAGAAGGCGGCAGACUGAAAGUGGUCGACAUGUCCCGAGUCAUCGCAGGACCCAUCUCGACUCGAACGCUCGCAGCGCACGGUGCGGACGUGCUCCUCCUCAGCAGUCCUUAUCUGCCCAACCUUCCACUGCGAGAGCUCGAUACCGCGCGAGGCAAGCGCACUGGCUUGAUCGACAUUCUCAGCGGCAGUCCUUUGUCCACUUUGCCCAAGCCGCUGAGGAGGCUUUUGGAACAGGCAGAUGUAUUCUCGCAAGCCUAUCGCCCCGGAGGACUUGCCCAGCGCGGUCUCAGCGCCGAAAAUCUCCAAACGAUCCGACCUGGGAUUGUAUACGCGGAGCUGUGCGCGUUUGGCUUCACGGGGCCGUGGAGGAAUCAUAAGGCAUACGACUCGCUCACGCAGACGGCUUGCGGGAUGAACUUCCUGGAAAGCGUCAGUUUCAAUCAGCACCAGGGUCAGGAGAAGUACGGAGCAGAGGUGGAGCCGAAAGCAUUGCCAGUGCAAGCGCUCGACUACGCAGCGGGAAGCCUCAUGUGCUUCGCUACGCUGGCGUGCAAGUGUCGGGCUCUUCUCGAACGUAGUUCUCAGGACAAGGUCACAAGCGAGGAAGUCGAAGACGGCUGGAAAGUACAGGUGAGCCUUGCUAGCACAGCAGAAUGGAUUCAGAGCCUCGGUCAGAUCCACGGUGACGACGCCUGGACAAGGCCACCUCGAGAUGUCAUCCCUGCCGAAGAUACGGCCAGACUCGCCGAGAUGGUGAGCAGCUUCAAGGUGCGCGGCCUCACGACGGACGCAGAAGAGGUUCAGGUGAUGGCUGUUCGACACGCAUCGAUCCCAGCUCCCCUUUCGACGCACCAGAAGGAUAGCAGAUGGACCGUGCCGAGUCAUCUUGGUGUCGACCGACUAGAAUGGGCAUGA